GGAGUUGACCGAUUGAUGAGACUGAUUUCUCUGGAAUAAUACAUUUUAGAAUAUUGUUGUGGUUAUUCUUUAUUUGCGAUCUGGAAGUUAUCGACAAAGACCUUGUAUUCUAUUUGGUUUGAUGAAACAUAUUCGGAUGUUUUCUUUACACCUCGUUUCUUCUCGUGAGGCGUUUCGAACCACAACAGCUUUUCUAUAAUUGUCUUGAGCUGGGAUUUGGGCCUUAAACGCGUUAUCAAAUUCUUAACCUUCUCAUUUCCAUACAAUCAAGAAAAGUAUGGAAUGAAAAGAGUGUUACGAUGUGAAACACCUGUAGGCUACAUAAAUCGUUUCCGUAACCCUUGGCUUAUGGAAAUAACAGAAGUCGUGGAUUUGUAAAUUCUUUCUCGCACGUGUGUGAAUGACAAGGACAAGAUAUUUUUGGUGUUGGGGCUGACCGCUAAGAAGACAGUUCAAAAACAAUCAUGGAUGUCAACUUUUCCCCUGCGCAUUCCCCGGGCCGCGCUGGGGCAAAGACGAACCAUCUGAUUGGCGGCGGGGACACGGCGAGAUGGACGCAGCUUGUGAAACGCCUCGCCAUUGGCUGGCUGCACAACACCAAAGUUCACGCGGCGGGUUCGGAGUCGUGCCUCUCGCCGGAACACGCGGUUGUUUUGUUGAGGCAACCCCGCGUGUCUCUGUACGCGUCCCUGGCCCGAGAACUGCGCCACCGCAACCCCUCAUGGCUCCGUGUGUUUUUACAGCACCAUGGUCUGGAGAUUCUCUUUGAGACACUGGAAGCUACGAGCAACUACUACAAUAGGUAUCUUCUCAGCGCACACCUGUCGAAAAAACCUCGUCAACACUCCUCCUCCUCCUCCCCCCACUCCCCUCGCUCCUUGCAAAACCCUCACCUCGAAAGAAAAGGAAGCAAAAGCGCUCCUAUUUCUUCACCGACGACCGCUGCGAAAGACGAUAAUAACGAAAACGAAGUUUUCAGCAGCAGCAGCCACACUUUUCGAUAUCAUAACAGCAGCACCGACAGCAGCAGCAGCAGCGGUAGCAACAGCAACAGCAGCAGCUCAGCCCGAGUGCCUGACAGUUUUUUCGGAGUGUUGCUUCAAGUUGGAUGUGUAGAGUGUAUAUCUCUCGUGAUGGAUUCCCAGCAGAGUCUGGAUUACAUAAUCGACAAUGACGAGUUCAUACAGCGCUUCUCUACAGCCCUGGACUCCGACAAUGUGUCCAUCAAGAAACAGGUGUUUGAGAUCCUGUCUGCGCUCUGUGUCUACUCCCGAGACGGAUACAACAGGGCUAUACAAGUGCUGGAACAUUACAAGGGGACGAAGAAGAAGAAAUACAGGUUCUCGUGUAUCCUGGACGAGAUACGAGGCAGUGAUAACUUCCCUUACCGGACCAACCUGCUCGAGUUCAUCAACUGUCUCAUCAUCUACACGGACAAGGUUGAUGAUAGAGUCAGGAUCAGAAAUGAGUUCUAUGGUCUCAGACUGCAGGAGGUCCUCAAUGGUCUCAGGCGAUGCGAGGAACAGUCGAUUCAGAUGCAACUGCAGCUUUUUGAUGAGCACGAGCAACAAGACCAGGAGGAGAUUCCCGCCACACGAGGCAUCGACCUGGGAAACCCUCUAGACGUCUUCCACGCCAUCCUCAGACAGGUUGGCGACACUCAGCAAGAGUUAUCCUUCCUGACCGUUCUGCAACAUUUACUGAAGAUCGACAGCGGAAAUGACGCGCUGGGAGAGACCAUCUGGCAAACUGUGGAGCGUCUGGUUGGUAAGGCAACCGUACUUGAAUCCAAAGAGGAUGCACAGAAACUAUUGACGUCACUCACACGCCGUCUGGACGGCCGAGACAGAGACAGGUCAUCCUCGAGCUCGUCUGCCGCUCGCCAGAGACGAGAGUCCGUGGAAUCGCCAGCACCGCUUGUUCCAAAUACAACCGUAACUGCAGCGGCACUAGCAGCAGCAGCUGCUGCAGCAGCCAAGUCCCUCCCGCAAACGAACAUCCCUAAACCGCGGUCUAAAAUGAGGACCCUCCAGUGGCAGAAGAUCCCCACCACCAGCGUGAUCGGCAAGGACAACUUGUGGACCAUGGUGGGACGCCUCAGCGGGAAGAUCGAAAUGGAUUACGAGAAAAUGGACGAGCUGUUCAGUGUGAACCGCGAUAGGGAGACCAGGCUAGCUGGUCAGUCAAACUCUGGAGUAGCUGAAGGCAUCAAGAAGAAGGAGAGCAUGGAGAUCAACCUUCUGGACGGAAAGCGGAGUUUGAACGUGAACAUCUUCCUAAAGCAGUUCCGCAUGAGCCACCAAGAGAUAGUGCAACUACUGCGGGACGGGAAGAGUGGACAGUUCGGACCCGAGAGGCUCAAGGGCUUGCUGAAGCUUUUGCCGUCACAGGAUGAGAUAUACAAGAGAACUCGUCCCUUCGGGAACUGAUCUUCCUGAUCCUUGUGUCGGGCAACUACCUCAAUUCUGGCAACUACGCUGGUAACGCCGCUGGCUUCAAGCUGUCCUCACUUCUCAAACUAACGGAACUGAGGGCGAAUAAACCUCGCAUGAACCUCAUGCAUUACGUGGCCCAGGAGGCGGAAGAGAAAAACCCGAAACUGCUGAAAUUUCCAGAGGAAAUGAGAUUCCUCAAGGACGCUGCACAAAGAUGUGUCGGAGCCCAGUGACCAGAGCAUGGACCGGGCAUCUAACGAGGAAGAGGAGGGCUCAAUCGUGGACAUGCUUCUCGCUGACGUGCGCAGCGGUUUCGCCUCACGCAAGUUCAACGAUGGGAGCUUCUCCGUCACAAAGGUCACCAAGGUCAACCUCAGCCCAACGGACGCCGCUGCUGGCGCCAUCUCCCUGGGCACGGGGGACGCUUCUUCCGGGAUGAAGGAGGGUCCUGUCGGUGGAGGGGAGAAUCCGGCCGGCACGUUUGUUCGCGGCGGGUAUGGGCGACUGAGCCAGCGGAAGAAGGUGCGGAGUGGGGGUAGUGGAGAUUCGUCCGCGGAUAGCCCAGGGGAGGGCCCCUCCCCCACCCCCGACUCGCUGUCUCAGAAACGUAACCGACGCAGCUACGCAAGCGAAGACGAUGACUCCAUUCUCGACUUUCUUAUGGACUCGGAUAGUUCGGCCGCCGAGUCUAAGAAGCCCGAGGCGACCUUUGAAAGGUACGCUAGCUUGAGGCGGAGGCGGCAGGAGAGGACGGCAGAGAAACGCAGUGUGCUGGAUGUGUUCAGGGCGGACCGGGAACGCGCCCCUUCUCCUUCCAUCCCCGAGAACGCUCCUGCUCCCUCAGGGAAUCCUGAGGGAGUCAUCAUGAGACACGGGGCGGGCCAUGACGCAACUUCCGCCGACCGGCCUCGUUCUGAGAAUGACCCUGACGUGAAAGGAAACCGGACAUUGCGCAGAACACGCAGCUGGCUAGACAGGCCGUCGAUGGAGAGAGCGAACCUUGAGGUACGGAGGAAAGGAAUGAAGGAAGAGGACAGCGACGAAUCGGAUGCCCUUAUCUCCCGAAUCAAACAACGACUGAGCAAAAAUGGCAAAAGUGAAGGGAGAAAUACGCCCCCAAUCGUAGAAGAAUAUGGCCAAGGGUCAGGUUCAAACUCCGAGAGCUCCGACUCCCGGAGCAGCUCCAGAUGGCGUAGUGGCAUCUCUGUGUCUGAGACCAGCUCGCCACUGGAGCCGAUCACGGAGCGCAGUCCCACAGCGGUGCUGGACACUUCUAUAAAGUCAGCGUACAGCGAGACCCCUGGUCUGACUAAACCUCGAGGGCGCUUUUCGAAAAGGUUCAGCAAUUUGGAACCCGCUGAAGUUAAUAGAGCCCUCGAAAGUUUCGAAAGUGACUCAAAACCGUCGCGGACACAAGACGAUUCCGACAUGACGUCACCUAGUGUGAGCGUCUCGGUGCGGGAGAAGAUCAGCCGGGGUAUGGGGACAAAGAUCGACCAGGUCCUCAAGACCAUCGAGGCCACGGGACGGCCCAUUGACGCAGUUGGGGUCUCAGGGCCUAUGAAGCGGACACCAGAAGUGUCCGAGACCAAGUCGACACCAUCCACGCCCACCACCCAGCCACAGGUGGCAAUUGUAGCCCACGUGACUGCCACUGGAAGGCCCAUAACUCCGAUCAACGAGCAAGAUCUCAAAGCUAAGAGAGAUAAACGGAAAAAGAGGUCCACUUUGUCCAUGGACGAUGUAAAAGCUGCGAUGAAGCUAGACACGCCCGAGUCGGAUAAUCUUGUGGAAAGUAUGAACAGUGUAAAUAAAUCUCAACAUGGUGUAGAUAGCCAGACAAAUACGCACUACAGCAGCCAUAACAACAGCAGCUUGUCGACAGCAAAAACCCCGCCGAGUCCACGUCGCACCCAGGGCCACAACCAAGGAGAGAGCCCGUCGAAAGCAGAUGACCUAGCAGCAGCACCCGCCAAAGAACUGAGCAAAGCUGCCAAAUUAGCAGCCAAAAAGAAAUUCCGUGACGCCAGAUUUGGCUCCUCAAAUGGAGGAGACGCUGAGAGCCGCAAUCGCGCUCGAAGCAAUGUGGAAAAGGACAGUGUUGACCAAGCUCUGAAGGAGUUUGCCAACCAGGGCAAUAUGAGUCGAUCGAAAUCGUUUGACGAACACGUAGCUAAGAAAGGGUUAAACGGUGAGGGCGACUUUACAAGCGACGCCAUCAAACGCGAGAAGGGCGCUGUUCUCAGGAAUAGCACAAGCCGCCUGUCUAUGGAUGGCAGGAGGAACGGUCUAUAUAUCCCUAGUGACGACAGUGACACUGAGCUAAGGCCUGAAGACCUUGGUACCCGCCGCUCUUCAAAGAGCGAUAGUCCCAAGAGUUUCAGCCAGCUCAGUCUUAAGUCGGCCAACACGUCAACAGAAACGUUGCAAGCCGACAUCGAAUCGUCUCCUGAGCAAGCCAGAAAGGCCCUGACCUCCCAAUCUCAGUCUAGCCUGAGAGACUCGGAAAAGGGAAGCGAGGGGAAUGUGACGGGUGCGGUGAAGAGGGAUCUACCUUUAAUUUCUACUUCAGAGACUGUAGACGCCCGUGCUCGCCAGCCACCUCGUCCAGCGAGCACAAGCAUUCUGGAAAAUUCUCCUUUCCGUCGAUCUUACAGUUUGAUGGACAGGAGUAAAGUCCAGCAUCUGGAUGAAGAUAGUGACCACCCGAUGGCGGCUGUGGCCAAGUGGAGGCUGAAGCGGGAAAGGCAGAGGAGGAGCGUUUACGACAACGUCCAUGAGCUAGAGCUCAGCGGCAGCGACAGCAGCAGUCAGAAGUCGGAGGUUCACGACCUCAAGAACGAGGUGGGUUCUCGCAGCAGCUACGCAAGCAGCUACGCUAGCAGCAAUGACAGAGAUGAGGGCUUCGAGACAGCUUCAGGCACCAUGUCUCAGAGGACGUCCAUGAGCAGUACACUGGACGCAGAGCUGAUAAGCGCAGGCACUCCAGUUCUACCUCGAAAAGCUGAUGGCCAGAGGAGCCGGUUGGCCGGUGAGGAAGUCGCUCACUCUGCGAGCAACAAGGCUGUGAUAGACUCUACCUCCAUCCCUGGGCUGACCAUGGGGGCCGAGGAGGUGAAUCGAAAAGAGCGAACUGAAAACUGGACGGAACAAACUGUCCUGGUAGCUAAAGAUCCAAACUCUGACACCAGUAAUGAGUUUGGAGCUCUGUCGCCAGACAGCGGUCACAGCACGUCCAAAGAGGACAUCUGGAGUGACGACACCACCAAUGGUCCCAAAUCCUCUCCCUCUACCGUUAAACACAAAGACGAACCAGUGUCAGGAAAGAAGCCUCUGUCAGCUUUGACCAGAGACCCUACGAAAGUUUCCAAAACCAAAUCGGUCCCGAGCUACAUGAAGCCCACCAGCAGCAGCGCCGGAACCAGGGCAGGUCGAGCGCGAGCCGGAUCUACCAGCAGCACAGACACUUCCGCUUCGACCCCGGGUUCGACCCCGGGCUCGACCCCGUCGUCUUUCCAUCGGGAUACGCCUACGCGAAUGUCGUACAAAGACAAAGAGUCGACGACGAUUUUCAAACGGGACGUCUCUGUGCGCGCCUCCAUGAGAGCCGAGAGCGCCACUGCGUCUUUCCAGCGCGGCUCCACAGCCAGGACGUCGGUUCGGGGGCCACGCUCCUCCAUGAGACAGUCUACGGGCAGUACUGCCAUCACCACAACGGGGGCAGCAUCUGCUUCUACGCGCAUGGGUGCGAAAACUCCCACUCCGACGAGCACAUCGGGCAGGCCUCGGGCUGAUUCCAACGCCAGCAUUUCAUCCACCACCAGCACGGCUUCCAAUAUCUCUUCUGCUUCCAAGCGGCGACAGACCAUUGGCACAGCAGGAACACCUCUCAGCCGUCCCACCACCCCGUCAGCUCGAGGUAGCGCAGCGUCUGUGAGACCUACAACUCCCUCUGCUCGAGGUUCCAGCACAAUAAGCGCCCCCUCCUCCCGCCCCACCACCCCUUCAGCCCGAGCAACAGCCACAACCGCAGCAUCCCGCGCCAAGACGCCAACACCAGGUAACACCAGCCAAUCGUCUCCCUUCUCCCGCACUCAGUCCAUGCGAGUCACGUCCACCAGAACAUCGCUGGGCGGCUCAGAAGCCAGACGGAGCGCAGCCGGGACCCCGACAUCUGCUCCUUCUGAGGGGCGCCGCAGCAUGACGCCUCUCUCACAUGAGGCCAGCACAAAGCGCAGCACAACCCCAUCCUUUGUCCAGGAGCGACCCAGAAGCACAACGCCCAUGACACAGAGCGAGCGGGCACGUAGCACAACACCUCUCUUGUCCCCCGAGGGGUCAAGCGGGGUCAAGCCUGCGUCACGCCGUAGCUCCUCCUCCUUCAUGGCCCCCACCGCCGCCUCCAAAGCCAAAAAAGACAUUUCUGACUCGACUUCCCCAAGCCCAGUAGCCCCACCCCGGACAAAAUCGGCGAGCAGCAAAUCAACAACAGCUUCUUCUCCUCUAGGUCUCACUCGACACGCUAGUCUCCGGUUGCCCAAGAAAUCUUCUCCGAGCACCCUGACUUCACAUGAGUUGAGUGGACGUAAGUCCCCUGCGAAUGUGGAGUCGCCGCUGCAUCACAAGCCUGAACACCACCAGUCUCUGUCCACUGUCACAGAGCAGGCGGCAGAUGAGGACAAGGAGGAGAAAGACGGCGAGGAGGCAGCCAAAAGGUCUCCAUCCCUCUUCAAGAGAAUGGGUCUCAGCAAAGUCAAAGUAUCCCCCGGCGUGGGAAAAGCCUCUACUCUCAAUAAAAAGUGAGGAUGUGAAUUAAAAACUCAAAUAAAAACUAACGUUCUAGAGAUGACGAUGGAUUCUGAUUUCAGAUCUUGAGGCGUAGUAGAUUUUCAAACCACGUCAUCACGGACUCUGGAUCUCUCUGUCUCUCGCAAGCGGAGACCGCUGUGUUAGACACCAGUCCCUCGCGCGCUCAUCUGCUCUGCUGUCACGCUAUCUCAUCACGACCCUGGAAACAGACUUAGAUCUGUACACCAAGGGGCCAGAGCGAAACUGCGCCCACCAGAGAGGUCUGCCAGGUAGUUCAGCUGUCCACACAUACAGCUGGCUCCCUGUACUGGAGCCUUGGUCAGUAAUUGAUGAGCGGAAAGGAAGAGCUAUGCUCAAGUCCACCUUAGUAGAAGGCUGGUUGUGACAGCAACCGAAGCUUUUACGGACGAUGACCACCUCUGUUGGUACACACCAAGUGGGGUCAUAGACAAAGCAUCUAGAGCUUUCCGUGUGGCUGUUUUUGUGUGUUACUCAUUGUUUAUUCCCUCGCAGUACGGCUAAAGAAAAAUACAUAGACUCCAUGUUCCAUGUGUCUGCUGCGUGACUAAGCAGAAAAAGACGAGAGCAAAGCUGACAUGUUUCUCGAUAGUGGAUCUAUAGUGGAUCUUCACAGUGCACUAGUUCCAUAAAGGUAAAGAAUAGACGAAAGAGACGUACUACUUCAUAUCGGAUAUCAGAUAUGGGCUGCUGACGUGGAAUCCCUCAGAGACACUGAUCCCCUCAAAGACUUGCUAUCUGGCAUGACUGUACAUUUUGUUGUAAGAAUUCACUGUUUAUACUACGAGUAUAUUCACGAGACUCAAAAAAACCCAAGUAUAAUAAUCAUCCUUUUUACAACACACUCGAGAUAUUUUUAAAAAUCAAUUUCGUAUAUUUAUACUGCUGAAAAUUUGAUGAUUUAUUACAGCUGUGCCUUAAACAAACGUUAACUAUUAUGUUUUAAUGACCUGAAAGCAACGCUUAGGGGUGAUGCUGGCGAUUUGGCACGAGCUGAGAUCACUUCUAAGUGUCGCACAGAGUACAAAAUAGCUACGAUUGUCAACCUUUUCUUAAGAGAAAGAAUGUGUAGUUGGGAUUGGGGGGGUUUUUUUUUUGCUUUUUUUUUGGGGGGGGGGGUUGUUUUUGUUUAUGUUCUUUUUUUUUUGCUUGCAGAACACGGUGCACGAUUUUGAAUUUGUUAUAACUAUAUUGCUUGGCCCCCAGUUCCCUUACGAAAAGCAUUAAGUCUAUUUUAAACUUUUAAACUUUGCAGUUGUGUGUAGUGACCUGAUGAACUACACUUUAAGUGGAUUGUGGUUUCUGCCGGAAGUCAGCUUCACGGUUCUGCUCAUUUGCUGUUAGAAUAGUCUAUGAUGGAACUGAACUCUUCCGAUUGUCUCCUACCUGCAGUACCACAACUACCAUAGCAACAACCAUUACUAGCUCACCACCAGCACGACACAACCACCACCACCACCACCACCACCACCAUACUUCUCUCUGAUUCAUUCUCCCAAAUCAAAUCUAAAUGGCUGUAAAACGAUCAGAUUUCCUUCUGUGAGUCACAUGACCUCACUGGGUUUUUCAUAUCUGAGAUCUAGGAAUUAUUGUACAAAUACGCUGAUCAUUUAUUUCUUUAACAAAGAAAAAAACAACAACAAACAAACCAGCGGCAAGCUUUGCGCGCGCGUACGAAGUUGUCUAUCAAAACAUGGACAAGUGAAAAUAGCACUGUUGUAGAGUACAUGUCAUGAUAUUAUUAGUAAACGUAGAUAUAUUUAUGCCCUCAUUUUUUGUCCUUUUAAAAUUCAAUUUAAAAUCUGGUUGGUGGAUAUGAAUGUAAUAAAAUUGUUAUUAAAGGUUCGGUAGCGACGUAAAUCAAUUGGAUAGGAGUGCUGUGUGCAUGCACAAGGUAGCAUCUCCAGUUAUAUUUCUAGCUAAGUUAAUCGCCUCCUUGGACUGGUCGGGUUGUAAGUCAGACCUCUUCAGUUAGUAACAAUUUCCUUUUAGUCUACUCUAAGGAGUACCUUACCAUUACUGUAGUAAGAUAUAAUGAUGUAUGGAACCUUUUACAACACUAAGUAAAGGACGAGAAUGUGUUAAAGACAUCAGUAUGUUCCUUACGCUGCCAUUGCAAAGAGCAUUGAUAUAUUCUACUGAAAAGGGACAGCCGCAAUUUUUUUUCUAUUACACAUAUAUUACGAAAAACUGGACUUACGACGUUUUCAUUCCAAGGCGACGUACUGUUAACAAGCAGCGACGAUGAGGCAGUGUCAAAAUGUUCACUUUUUUACUCGGUGAACGGGGACAUUAUACAUGUACGUACUUGUAUUCGGACACAUGUCUCUAUUUUGUCCCAUCGUGAAAUUGUCUCGACUCAGUAUGAUCAUUGUUUUACUAUAAACCUUGCCUUCAACUUAUUUUUAAAAAAAUCACCUUCAGGUACCACACGUGUCUUAUACAAUGCCGGAUGCAUAUACUAAUAUUACCAAUAUGCACAUCUUGCUUAUAUACGUAAUUUAUUCAGCAACGACAGAUUUAAUCAGCUCGAGUUAUUGGUUUUUAUUUAUAUAGUAAAGAAUUUAUUCCAGUUUGACGUCUGAGCAUUAUGUAAUGUGCCCUUUGAGAAUGCCGUGGCGGCACUCAUGCUAUUGUAUAGCACUGUACAACAAUAUCAUUAUUACUCCUUGUUAUGGUUGCCAUCGAGUUGUGUAACCGAUGUUCACCUUUCCAUGACUGACAAGCGAAACUGGCUUGACUGUCAAUAAUGUUUCCCCCCAGCUUUGGGUGUGGAUUGUUUGUAUGUCUUCAAGACUGAUCGUCAAUAUAAUGCUGUAAUUGUUUGUUGUUGGCUUCUUUUCUAUGAGUAUUUGUUUACCUAAGUGCUUUUAUUGCCAACCUCACGUAUUUCCAUCUGUCAGUUGUGAUUGUCGUUGACAGUUGCCAACAAUAUUUAUACACGUUGACUUUUUAUACUUUGGCUAAUAUCUGAUGUGACAAUAACGUUAUUUUCAUGGGCUUCUUUUGAAGAAAUCACCCCACACUCCACCCCCCCCCCCCAACCCAACCCAACCCCAUCUCCCCCCACGCCCCAAAUUCCCCUUUUGUCGUGUUGUGCAUCAUGUGUCUUUCAUCUGUACAGUACCCCUCACCAUCAACUACCUGCCUUCCGUGAGUCUUUGUCACUCCGCGCACGUAUACAUAAUUGCACGCGCUCACUGUAUAUAGAUCUAAUAAAGUAAAACGCUAAC